AUGUCUCAGAAAGGGUGUCUCACCGAACAUCAGAGGGGAAACAAAAAGAUGCAUUCAACAGAGACACUUAAUAUACUUGUUUCGGAUAUGAUUCUUGAUGCCAUGGAUAGGAAAGAAUUGACUGCAGUUGUGUUAUUAGACUUGUCGAAAGCGUUCGAUAGCAUUGAACAUUCGUUGCUAUUCGUUUGGUUUAAGAGUUACCUCUCAGAUAGAACUCAGUUAGUGAGGAUCGGUCAAAUACUAUCAGAAGCUCGUGCCAUAACACACGGUGUGCCUCAAGGGUCAAUACUUGGUCCAGCGUUGUUUAGUAUUUAUACAAACGAUCUUCCAACUACUUCCACUGUAUGUCCUUUAGAAACUUAUGUAGAUGACUCUAAGAUUUACUUGUCAUUCUCAUACAAAGACAUUAAUGUUGCUGAGAUUCAGCUUACAAACGAUCUGAGGAGAAUCGCUGCCUGGUGUUGCUCAAAUAGCCUACUUGCCAAUCUCGAAAAGACUAAACUUCUUCUGUUUGGUACAACACAAAUGCUCAAUCAUGUGCAAGACUUUCGAGUGACUUUCCUCGAAAAGGAACUACGACCAGUAUCUUCAGCCCAAGAUUUAGGAAUGGAAUUUGAUGAAUGUCUGAGCUAUGAUGAGCAUAUUACCCGCGUGGUCUCAAAAUGUACAAAUUCUCUUUGCCAGAAUUAG